UUGUUCCGUUGCUCUUGCUCUUGUUCUCAUGCGAAUAUAAAUGUAACAUAAAAAUUCUUAACAUUUGUACUGUGGCUCGCAUGACUCGCAUGGCUUACAUGGCUCGCAUGGCUCGCCCCUUGGCUUGCAUGGCUCGCUGGCUCGCAGGUUUAUAAAACUCCCUUAUUUGCAUGUUCAUGCAUUAACAUGACAACCAUAUUUAUUAGAGCUGUUUUCACUUAAAUGUUGAAAGUAUUUUGCAUCUGCUUUAGUUUUACAUUACUAGGCUAUGCAAUUGGGUUACAAAUGUCAUGGCUCUUUAUUAUCCCAUCAGAAGUAAAACCUAAACCAAUCAUGACUUGCUCGCACAAAUUUUCCCAAACCUUGCAUCGGCUACAUGUAUUUGGUUGGAGUUUUGAUUGCCUCACUGGAUUGUCUGUUUUCCUGGUCAUCGCUCUGUAACACAACCACCCUCUUAGUGCGACGACCACACAUAUGACCACUCCUAGACCACCCAUGAAAAUUGUUCACCUCUUUAUUAUAAUCUGCAGGCUGUGUUUUACACUGACCACUUGUUAAGUUGGAUAACCCAUAUUAAUUGCAUAAAGUUUCUGUUCUUGCACUGGUUCAUAUUUACAUAUUUUUCGAAAGAGUGUACGUUGUUCAUGUUAUUGACUUAGCGUGAGGUCCAUUUUGGGGAAAUACCAAAGUUAGAUCAAUUUUAAGGCCAAUUUACACAAGCGAUUUUUGGUGCUAUUUUUGUCACGCCCGCGCUACAAUUUUAUCGCGAUUUGAACGUUGUAGCUAGCAUCAAUUUGUCUUAAUUAUAUCAACAGAAAGCCGACACGAUAAAGAGACUUUUGAGGAAAGAAAACGCCCGGUGAAAGUGCGAGGGAAUCUCAAUAGGGGAGCAAUUCGAUGAAUCAUUGAAUGGAAUCUAUUUACUUUGUCCACUUCAAAGAAGUGAUCUAAAUCUGAUGCGAGUGGACUGAACUCGGUUAUAAUGCAGCGGAAUUUAUUCUCAUAGAAAUUCCGUUUCUUCAUUUUGUUUUUGGGUUUCAGAAUGUGGUUUGAGACAGUUCUAAAUCUUUCUUUCUGCGCGAAGAGCCUGCUUGCGCGUGUUAGCGUGAUAUACGGUGCUAAAUAAACGAUGACAAUUAGCCAAUCAGCAUGCGAGGAAAUUGUCACGACAUUCGCGUUAUCCCUUUAUCGUUUUUCAGAAUUUGCAUUAACAAAAAUGGCGCAGUUUUUGUUCAUUUCAAAGGGUUCACAGCGGUAGAGAAUGCCCGAAAGUCGUGAAUCGGUGAUUUGGCUUUCCGAUAACUGUGCAUGCCCUGAAGCAACAAGUGCACUGUAAGUCUGUAGUAGUAGCACUGAUUCAAGCCCAUAAUCGAGUGGUAACUUACACAUGGUAUGGCUUCAGUUUCACUGCCUAAAAUCGCUGUUCAUCCUGGUCUAACAACGACAGUUGAUCAAAAAGUUGACAUAACUGUUAGCAAUCUAUCUCCAGAACAGCUUGUUACUCUGCGAGCCCGAACCAUCGACGACAGCAAGAUUGUCUUUGAAUCAUUUGCUCAAUACAAGGCCGACAAGAAUGGAGAAGUAUUGGUUUCUUCUCAGCCAUCGCUGGGUGGAUCAUACACAGGUGUUGAACCGAUGGGCCUGUUCUGGAGCAUGAAACCUCUUACAACAAGCGAUCGUGACGAUCUGCUAAGAAAACGAGAUGUAACAACACCUUUGAAAGUAUCCUUAGAUGUUUACGGCGGACACGAUCAAACAGAGCUUGAAGAAAGGGACAAAAAGGCUAGCGUGACAUUACUAAGAAGUUACAUGGGACCUGGCGUAACCCGAUGUUACAUGGAGGAAAAUGGAUUUUAUGGGACCCUAUUUCUCCCUCCUGGAGAUGGACCCUUUCCAGGUGUUAUUGACUUGUGGGGACGCACUGGUGGCAUAAGAGAAGACAGAGCUGCUCUUUUGGCAUCCAAUGGCUUUGCAUCCUUAACAAUUGCAUACUGUGAAUAUAGAGACCUUCCUGACAAGUAUGAUGUUCUUCACCUUUCUUACUUUGAGAGGGUAAUUGACUGGUUAAUUGCACACCCUAAGGUUGUGUCUGGAGGUGUUGGUUUGGUAGGUCUGUCUUUGGGCGGGGUCCUUGUCCUGGCAAUUGCUUCACAGAUCCCCCACAAGAUCAAAGCAGUUGUAUCAAUUUCAGGGGCACAUCUUCUGAUUGGAUGUUCAUUAAAGUGCAGUACCUUGACGAUAAAAGGAUUUCCUGUUGAGGUAACUGCAGCAAAUUACGCUAGGUACAUGUGCUUCGUGUCUAUAUAUAAAAAUAUUAAAGACACUUUUAAACCAGGAUCACCAUCAGUCAUUCCUGUAGAGCGUAUCAAAUGCCCUGUUUUGUUGGUGUAUGGCCAUGACGACAAACUAAACCCUGAAAUAGAGUGGAUGUUCGAGGAUGUGUUUCAGCACAUGGAGAAACAUGGCAAAGGAUCCUUAUGCAGGAGGCUUGGUUUUCCUGGAACAGGGCAUUUCAUAACACCCUGUUAUCUUCCUCUCAGUUCCAGGCAAUAUGUUAAAAUUUACGAUGAAGUUUGGUUCCUAGGAGGAAACACUAAGGACCAGGCAAAGGCUUCAGAAAUAUACUGGAAUGAAAGCCUGGAGUUCCUAUUAAAAGAGAUUGCUUGAUCGUUGAAGCAGUAAUAUGCAUACAUUAGGUUUUAUCUUGCAGGUUUAGAUUAUUUCUCUAAAACUGUAUUGUUUGUUACAAUUGUAAAUACGUUCAUGAAAACCCUGUUGGAAUGGAGUAAUAAAGCUGUUGGCCAGGACGUCUUCUAAAAUAAAAACAAAUUGUUAUGGUGAUUGUCAGUUUAUAUAAAAGGCUCACAUGGUGGGCAUAUUGCACCAGUUGUAAUUAUUAGCCUUGGAAUCAAAUGGUUGGAGAGGUAAAGAGAGAAAACAGCUGCUAACAGUAGGACCACUAUAUUGGCUACCAUUACAUGUCCUAUUAAAACGACUGCCAGUUAUCAUGACCAAUUAGUUAGUACGACCACCUUAUUUGAUAUCACAACCAUGCUGUUACCAUGACAACCCUUUAAUAGCUACCAUAUCAUCACAAUGACUACCCUUACCCACCGUUUUUAUUUAAAAAAAAAAAAACUUUCACAUGUAAUUACAGACCACCCUGUUAGUAUAUUAAUGUCCAACUGCAGCUACUGUUUGCCCCAAGCAAAAGUUCAAUCAGUUUCAUACCAUGUUACUCACAGCAAAUUUAAAAUGGCAUGUCUGAUAAAAUCUUGACAUGUAGUUUAUUAGUCAAGAAUACGUGAAGCUAAGCAAGGAAAUGACUAUCACUAAGGCCCAGAAUAUGCAAAUUUGUUAAAACUCAUUCAGAUGUAAGCUAUUGGUAUACUAACGACCAAUAUAGAUUUUUUUCAGAACUUGCCAAUUUGUCACUCACUCAGUUGUAAAUGAUCCAUAGUUAUUAUGUCAAUGACCAAUAUUGAUCUUCCCAGGUAUGGACUUGCUGCAACGUAAUACGUUGAGAUCUACUGCGACUUCUCUUCGAUUGACACUUGUUGCACUCAGCACACAUGUGUCACCGAGUCACUGCAAGUAGCUGUUUGAAAGACUAAAGGUGUAACUAUGUGUGUAGUGAUUGAAUUAUGCAAAGAGAGUUUCACUCCUCAAGAAGUUUUUGCAUUGAUCCACCAAGCUCAGAGGGAGUUUAAAAAUUCCAGGUGGUUGGAUAUGUUUAUACAAGUGAACCUAGCUUAGGAGCAAAACUUUGAGCAAACCUAUGAGGCAACCUAUAAGCAUUCAUAUCAGCAAAACUAUGAAUCAAACAUAAACAAAGAUAUUGGAAGCAUAUAUCACAACUUAUCAGUCCAUAACAUCCACACAAAGCGCUCUUGUAUGCAAAAGUACAAAACGCGGUUAGAAAACUAGAUACAGUAUACACUGUUCCGAGAAAUUCUUUUAGACUGCAGAGGUUUCAAGAAAAAUUUGUUUCAAUUAUUUUAAUUUCCAGGGGUGGAUACAAUGAACGUUUAAAUUGUUAUAAACAAAAUCAAAUAUUGAGCUUUAAUGUUUGUAAGAAAUAAAUGAUAAAAUUACAUUUGCAUGUACUGUAGUUGUAUAUGAGCCAUGUCACAAUUAAUAAAAGAAAAAAGUGAAUGCUAAAUUGGAAUUUAAGGGUUAUGAGCAGACAGUGAAACAAACUGGCAGAUGCUACAUUCCAGCAUUUCAGUCUAGAUUUUCCUGGUUGAGUUUAUUAAUUUGUACACUGCCAUGUUAAGUUUCCAAGUUUGAACUCACAAGUCAAAUAGGAAAUAUUUUAAUUGGGUUGGCAAAUGGAAAUCAAUUCAAAUUUUCUCUAAAUGCUACAAAGCGUGACUUUGCAGCAACACAAGCAUGAUUGGCUGUCCAAGAAACAUUGAGAAUACUAAAGCAAGUUAUACAUUCAAUUGGGCUUGUUAUCAAAGUUAUUUUUAAGGUGUUACAAACUCCUCUGGCUUAAGUAUACUGUUGUUGAACAAUUUACAAUGAUCAGCGACUGUAUGGACCAAAAGGGUCAAAAAACGAAAGUAGUGGAUUUUGAAGAGGCCAUGACAAAGGCAUUUAGUGAGAUCUUUCACAAUCUAAAGGAGAUUGAAGCAGAUGCUAAAAAGCAAAGAGGGAAAGUAGACCAUCAAAGAAGACGACAGAGUGCCCCAGCUAGCAUGAUUAGAGAAUUGACAGAAACUCUAAGAAAACCAGAGAUAGAAAGUAAAAAUACAGUGACCACACAACCAGCUUCAUCUUGGUCAACUAUGCAUUGGAGUUUGGACUGUUAUGAAGAAGAGGAAGAUUUAGAAGAGGACUUUGGAUCAGAUGAAUUAAGCCUAAGCUUCCUGCACAGUGUCAUUAUAGAGAAUCAAAAAACUGCACCUAAAUAGGAUAUUGAUUGAAGAACUUUAUGGAAGUGUUGUGGCUUAGGGUCAUUGCAACAAGUACAUCAGUCUGAAGAUCAUAAACCACAAAACAUUAAUUAAACCAAAGUUUGUACUAGCUGUAGGAUUAGAAAAGAGAGUGCAAAAGUAUACAGAAUAAAAAUUUAAGUUUAAAAGACUUCAGGAGAGAAUUUACACAAGAAAAUUCUGGACUUUUAUUUCUGAUGCAAUAUCAACUGUAUGAAAAAGAAACCUGCUGAGUCACAGCAAUGUCAAUCAAGUGUGCAAAAAGCGUCACUGUUGUUUUAAGCUGCAAGGCAUAAGAACAAAAUUGAUUUCCCUAUACUUGUGAUUCAUGUAUGUAUCAGACAGAUACAUAAUAAACAAUGUACUUCAAAAAGUUGAGUUUCAAAAAGUAAGUUUUAAGUAAGUUUUAUUUUUUACUAAUUAAUGCUUUUAAAUGUAAAUGUGAAGCACUUUUCAUUCCACUGAUAGCAUUUCUCAAACUUAACAAUGAGGGAACAAAAGAACUAAUCACAACUACAAACAAACAUGGAAUAAAUUAUCUGAUUCAAGAGAUACUGUAGCAGUACAUGGAAAUGAGACAAUAACAGUCAGAAUUGUUAAUGAGUCAUCAAAAGUAUCAGUCUUGAGUUAAAACCAUUGUCGAAUAAGAAAACAUGUAUUAAUAAGUAAUAAUGGGUGUAUAUACCCUUUCUUGCCCAAGUUACAACACCUCCGGAUAAUCCAUCAGAAGUGAACAGUGACAUAUUUAAUAUCUUAUUACUAAGAGUGAAGCUGUUUAGAAAAGUUUUUAAAACAUAGAAGCAUGUCAUAAGUAAGAAAAGCUAAUAAUCUAGUUGCAACAAAUUUUAGCUGCAAUAAAAUUCAAAUUAUCA